AUGAACGCGACGCCGGCGCAGUACGCCAACGCCAUCUUCAUCGCUUCCGAGAUCAUCGUGUUCAAUGUCAUCGGCCAUUUCGGCAUUCUGCUCUAUUGCAAUUAUCCAUCGCUUCGCAGCAAAUCGACGUGUCUUCAAUGCGUUCUAUGCUUCUCACAAAUCAUUUGCCUGCUGUUCGAAUUGCCAAAUGCGAGUUUCUUACUAACAGGUGUUCAACUCCGCCGAAAUGUGUGCUUCCCGCUACUCGCCGUCUACAUUUUCGCCAACUGUUUUCAAGGCGUCUUCAUGCUCAUGCUUGUCAUCGACAUCUACAUAAUUGUCUAUCUGCCGACAAUAUAUCACACAACGAAAACCUGGACGUACGUUUGUAUAAUCUCGAUAUUCCCGUGCCUUCAUGGCACGUUCGUCGUCACAUGGGGCUAUUUGGAAAUGAAUGAUGAGAUCCUGUUAUUCUGCAAUCCUCCAAUGGCAUUAGCGCCAACUGUUAGCGAAUUCUGGUUCUCCUCGUUGUUGGUCUCAAAUACUAUUAAUCUCAUUCUAUUUAUUAUAUUAAUUCUACUAUUUUACAUGAAAAUUGAAAUUGAAAAAUCGCAAACGAGAAAAUUGAUCAAACGUCUGAAAGUGUCUGUGAUAGUGUUCACCGGCUCCUGGUACGCGUGUAUGCUCGGAAUGUUCUCCAUUGGGUUUUUUCAUUUGAGCGAUGUUGGAGCCAGCAUUAUGGGCGGAAAUAUUAUAAUUCGAGAUUCGACGAUGAGCACCGACGAUUGCCUAUCACGCGAAAACAAAAUUGUCAUCUCAUUGGGCAUCAUCGUCGCGAAUUUGAUCGGCGAUUUCGGUCAUAUCAACCUGAUUCUCAUAUUAUGCAAAUGUCGAAAUCUUCGAAAUAAAUCGUCCUACCUUAAAGCACUUCUCGGCCUCUUCCAAAUGGUUUGUCUGUUAUUCGAGGUGCCUAACGCAAUAUUCCUCGUAAACGAUGUUCGGCUGAAAAGACGUCAAUGCUUUUUCAUACUAUUGAUCUAUAUUUUCUCGAAUUGCUUCCAGGGUGCUCUAAUGCUAAUGCUAGUAGUCGAUUUGUAUAUUAUUGUGUAUAUCCCAACCUGGUAUAGAAAUGCAAAAACCGCCUUCUAUAUUUUCACCCUUUCCCUAUUCCCAAUAGCAAUUGCUAUUUCAGUCCUCAUAUGGGGCUAUCUAGAUAUGAAUGAUGUCACAUUGGCGUUCUGCAAUCCACCUUCAGGUCAUCUGAAGAGUCAACAUACCAGUCAGCUAAUUCGAUGCUUAAAAGUCCAAGUGGUUAUUUACACAACAACUUGGUAUCUAUGCAUGCUGGGUGUCUAUAUUGUCACGCUACUCGAAUUAAGUCAGGCUAGUAUGGAUAUGAUUAUUGCUAACAUGGUCCUUCUCGUGCUCCCAUCCUAUUGUCAAUCAUUCUACGUGAUCAUCUGGAGUUCAAUCGAAUAUCGUUCCGAAUUUCUCAAGAUUUGGAGAAUCGCGCGACGAACAAAACCUGCUCAAAUGUACUGCUGA